AAAUGGCGCAUUAAUCAAAACCCAAUCACCUCUCUUCACAUGUGACUUGCUACUUGCUAAUUACUACUCUCUUCUAUUAGUAUUAUUUUUCUUCUUCAUCUUCGUUUUCGUCUCCAGGCAUCACCAUGGCAGCAGCUCCUUCUCUUACUCUCCUCAUCAUCACUCUCUCUCUUCUCUUCAUUUCACUCCCGAGAUCUGAAUCUCUCCCCGAGAAUCCAUCCAUCAUUCUCCUAGGCGAUGGAUUCCACUGGUCGAUCUCUCACGGCGACGCAUUAGACUUCAACGGAGAAGAAAGCUUUGAAGAUGCUGAGGAAGAUGUCGUAGAUCGACGGUCGUUGUACUGGAAGAGGAAGAGAUACUACAUCUCUUACGGUGCAUUGUCGGCGAAUAGAGUGCCGUGUCCUCCCAGAUCUGGAAGAUCUUACUACACUCACAACUGCUUCAGAGCUAGAGGUCCAGUGCAUCCUUACAGUCGAGGCUGCUCGUCCAUCACUCGAUGCAGGAGAUAGAAAGAAACCGUGGCCAAUUUCGUAAUUUCACUUACGGAAUUUGUUUGUAUUGUUAUGUUCGAUUUCGAUGUGUUUUGUAGUAAAACCGUGACUAGUUACGUUUGUUUAAAUUAAAUUAAGCCCGCGUUUUUUUAUUAUUCGAGUGAUAUCUAUAUGUAUUCAACAUUUUGGUAAUUAUAAUUUAUUUUGUCGGUGG